UUAACCACUCACCACAGCACACAGUUUGCCUCACUUCCCUCACUGCCCCACCCCAGAGCUCCUGUGCUGCAGUUUGACACAGACCCCUCCACCGUUACGUGUGUUAGGACAGGAGAAUCUGCUGGACUUUGACUGCUGAUUUUCUGUCCAUAUCAACACCUAGUAGAGAAGAUCACUUCUUCAGGAUGCCUCUUGGGGGUGGAAACAAAUGUGGCUGCUGCCAGAAAACAGUGUACUUUGCAGAGGAAGUGCAGUGUGAAGGGCGGAGCUUCCACAGAUCCUGCUUCCUGUGCAUGGUGUGCAGGAAAUGUCUAGACAGCACUACUGUAGCCGUCCAUGAGAAUGAGGUGUACUGCAAGGCAUGUUACGGCAAAAAGUAUGGGCCCAAAGGGUACGGCUAUGGCGCUGGCGCAGGAACUCUGAGCAUGGAUAAAGGAGAGUCACUGGGAAUUAAACCUGUGGAGCCUCAGGAGCACCGGCCAACCAAUAACCCCAACACAUCCAAGUUUGCUCAAAAGUUUGGCAGCUCUGAUAAAUGUCCUCGGUGUAGCAAGGCCGUCUACGCAGCUGAAAAAGUCAUAGGGGCAGGAAAUGCAUGGCACAGGGGUUGUUUCCGAUGUGCGAAGUGCGGCAAGGGGCUGGAAUCUACAACUUUAGCCGACAAGGAUGGUGAAAUCUACUGCAAAGGUUGCUAUGCCAAAAACUUUGGUCCAAAGGGCUUUGGAUACGGUCAAGGUGCUGGAGCGCUGUCACACACUAAAUAGAUCAGCGUGACACCAAUCGUAAGCAUCUGCAGAAACACCUAAACACCUCCUGCUCGUGUAUAUGUGCACGAGUGAGUGCAUGUUAGUGUCUUCAAAAUGGAAACCGGUGUCAGUCAAGAAGGAAACCAGAGUCCAGAUGCUUCAGUCUAAAUCUUAAACAAGACACGUUCCACAUUUCAACACAUUCCACAUCAUGUCAUUGUCUUGAACCCAUAAACAUCUCUGCUUAACUCUUGAACGCUGCUUAAUGCUUGAAAGAAUGUCUAGUAUGUAAACAAAACAUGGGUUUAGACUUAAUCUGCUCAGAUAAAAUGAUUUGGUGGAACCUGAGCUGUGCUGUCAGUAUUCUUCUGCUUAGAUGUACUGUCUGUUCUCUAAUGGAUCUGCAUGAGUUUACUAGUUUACCACAUGAUUCUUUGAGCUUUAAUCACAGUAAAGAAAGUUUUCUUUAGCUCUAUUCAAAGCAUGAAUGUGUCACAGGUACUCCCUGGCUUAAGAUGCGCUAAAAUAAUUUCACUAUCAUUGGAAAAAUAUCCCACAUAUGUAUGUACUUUAAGUAGAUGUUAUAGAAGUAAAUGUACAAAAAUGCACAGUUUUGGUGUCUUUUUUUAUUAUUUGUGUCCAUUAAACUGAAUAGCUGGUGAAUGUAAA